GCAGCCAUGGCCGACACCUUCCGACGCCGCCACCUUCGACCUCGUGACGCGCCGAGCCAGAAGAGGAAGUCGAACAGGGGAAGUCGCUCCCCCGCAGGAAGCCAGGCGCCUCUCUCUCUCGUUCUUUCUUUUUGGCAGACUACGGGCUCUGUUGCUAUGCAGAGGGAAGAAAAGCAACUUGAGCUAUCCUUAGAGGCUCUCAUCAGUCAGGUAGCUGACCUGAAGAAUUCCUUGGUCAGCUUCAUUUACAAGCUAGAGAAUGAAUAUGACCGACUUACCUGGCCUUCAGUGCUUGACAGCUUUGCGCUACUCUCAGGACAACUAAACACGCUGAAUAAAGUGCUAAAACAUGAGAAGACUCCAUUGCUGCGCAAUCAGGUCAUCAUUCCCUUAGUGUUGUCCCCAGACCGUGAUGAAGAGAUUAUGCGGCAGACAGAAGGACGAGUUCCAGUGUUCAGCCAUGAGGUUGUACCGGAUCAUCUGCGAACAAAACCUGAUCCUGAGGUAGAAGAACAAGAAAAGCAACUGAGCACAGAUGCAGCUCGUAUUGGCACUGAUGUGGCACAGAAACAGAUACAAAGUUUAAACAAAAUGUGCAUGAACUUGUUGGAGAAGAUCAACAAAGAAGAACGAGAGUCUGAGAGUGGAGGAUUACGACAGAACAAGCAGACAUACAACACUGCUGAUACAAAUGCUUUGGUUGCAGCUGUAGCCUUUGGGAAGGGUCUGUCAAACAGGCGUCCACCAGGAGUGACAGGCCCUGUUCAGUCUAGUCAGUCGGGUGCCAACGCCAUCAUAACAGGUGCUUCUGGCAUGCAACAAGUACAAAUGCCUGGAGCACCAAAUCAAGCACAGCCCAUGCUUGGAGGUGUACAGAUGCCUCAAGUAGGCCAGCCAGGUAAGAUGCCUAGUGGCAUAAAAACCAAUAUCAAGUCUGCUUCAAUGCAUCCCUAUCAAAGGUGAGUUUGGGAAAUACUUUGGCCUGUGGUUGCUCCUGGACUUCCUUUCAGAGACUACAAACUACUCUCAGCAGUGAAAUUCCUGACUGAACAUCCACAUUCUCCAAGAUCCCAUGAGUUCAUCUAUUUAUAUAUGGCUACAUUUAUCUCUUUGAACACUAGAGCGCAGGGUGUGUGCUUUGUACAGAGUGUGCCAGAGGCAAAUGCUUGUGUCUUCAGCCUAUCAAGGUCUGUAGGAAAAACCAGUAGGGAGACUGAGUGUCCUUCUCAGAAGGCACUUCUUUUGAAAUCUGUAUUUUCUCUAGGUAGAAGAAGCUUGUAAUAUGUACUCCCAAGAAGUUUUCUGUUUAAUAAAAACCAGGUGCUCUGCCCUGGAUAACUUUUGUUUGUCUUUGAUAGGUUGAGUCUGUAUAGUUCAGUUUUUGCUUUUGCUUUUCAUAAAUCCUUUGAAUAUAGUGCAAUCAGAACAGACCAUUAAAUAAUUUGUUUUGGUCUCCAGUAUCAAUUAGCAGUCAUUAUUAAGAUGAAUAUUAACCAAAUGUUUUCCAGAAAUGAAAAAAUAGGUACUAAUGGCAGAGCUCAUUGUACUGAUGAGUGCCAUUUUGGUGACUCAAAAAGGAAAGCUGAGCCCUUUGCAAGGUAUAAUUAAAACAUCCAGAUACUUGAAGUGAUUUGAUGUAUGGAAAAAUACUUCCCUGGCCCUGUAUCCUGUGUAAGAUUCAAUGAUUGAGUAAUAAACAUAGGUUCUUUGUGGUACAUUGUCACCACGUACUCUA